GCUAUAAAUAGUAAAUGAAUUCCCAAUUCUGCCAAAUCACUGUUCCAUUUAAAACAGAGAGGAUUUAACAACUAUUGUCAACCAAAAAAGAUGGAAUUUCCGCAUAUAGGAAAGCACUGCUUUCAGAAAGAUUGUAAACAAUUAGAUUUCCUACCUAUGAAAUGUGAUGCUUGUUCAGAGAUAUUUUGUAAUGACCAUAUUCACUACAACACACAUUCCUGUCCUGAUUCUUACAAGAAGGAUAACCAAGUGCCUGUAUGUCCUCUAUGUAACAAACCAAUUCCUCUAAAGAAAGGAGAGUUACCAGACACAGUUGUAGGACGACAUAUAGACAGUGACUGCCAGUCAGAUCCUGCUAAAGAAAGAAGAAAAGUAUAUACAAACAAGUGUUCUAUGAAAGGUUGUAAAGUUAAAGAAUUAAUUCCAGUAAAGUGUGAUAAAUGCCAUAAGAACUAUUGUUUACGUCACAGAUUUGAAGAUGAUCAUGAUUGUCAGGGUUACCAAGGUUCAGGGAAAGGAAUGUCUAAUGCAGGUUCUGCUGCUCUGUCACGCCUUCAACAACCUGCCAGUCAAUCUAAAGCUCCGCCUUCUAACGCAAAACCAGCCAAUCGACCUCCACAGCAAAGGACAUUACAUAGUUUAGGAUUUGGACUUGGAAGUGACUUAGAUAGACAAAGGAGAGAAAGACAGCAACAGGGUACACAGAAUCUUCGAGCAGCUCAGGCAGGUUUGUCAGAAGAAGAAGCUAUGGCUCGUGCAAUACAACAGUCACUAUCUGAGACUCAGGCUACAAAACCCUCCAAUACCAAUAAUACUUUAAGUCAGGAAGAAGAAGAUUUGUUACUUGCUCAAGCUCUGGCAGCUAGUGAAGAAGAGGCAAGGAGACGAACAAAUAGUCAGAGGCAACAAUCACAAGAAUCACAAAAUAAAAAGAGCUGCCAAGUGUCGUGACGAUAUUGGAUAUCAAAGAAAUUUGAGUGCUGGCUGUUCUACAACUUUGAUUUAACACUUGAGGAUUAUGACAUUGAUAUGGUCAAAAGUGAUGCAGGAAUCAUAUAUAGACAUAUGACUGGAUUUUAUCAGUUUUAAUAAACUUUUAUCAAGGUUGUAAAGUUGAUGGUUGCUAGCUUUACUAUUAUAAAAGCUUUACAACAGAUCAGGUCACUGAUCUAUUCUUUCAUUAUUUAAGGAUAUUUUAUGUGAUUAAGAAAAAAAAAUGAAAUAAUUAAGUAAGUUUAGUACAGUUUUUCCAUUUUUUACCCCAAAUAUUAAAGUUAAUAAAGUAUGAUGCCUUUUUUAGUUCGCCAUUUUUAAGGUAGGAAUAUACACACUGACAAACUAUAGAUUAGUUUUGUCCUUUGAUGUUUAUUAAGCUAUGAUUUCUGUAUAAGGAAAAAAAAUGAAAGAGGGAACCAUUAUUUUGUUACUAUAAAAGAGCCACUUUAAUACAUCAUAUGCAAUCGCUUUUAAUCAUAGUAAUGUAUGUUUUUACUGGGAAUUUUAUUACUUAUAAAUAUAAUUAAUUAACUGCUUUUUUGAUAAUGGCUAGUGUGUUUGUUGUAAUUUUCUAUUUUGAAAAGAUAAAUUUUGGCUUUUGUGAAAAAUUUAAUUUCUUUUAAAAAAAUUUGCAAAAUUACAUCUUGUUGCCUCUGCACUUACAGAUUUAAAUAUAAUAUUUUUGUUCAAUUUGUCUGCCAGUGCAAACAUUUGUGCCAGUGCAAACAUUUGUAACCUUAGUAAAAAAAAUAUUCAUUUGAUAUGCUAGAGUCUUUAUAUAUAGACAGGACAUACCUUUUAAUAAGGUCGUCAUUUGUGAUUUUGACCAUUAAAUCUUCUUGAUCUUAAAUGUAAAAGUUUCAAAAUUCAGAAAAUUCCACUAUAGUUUGGUUAAUAAUAAAGUUAAGACUUGGACAUGACAUUUUAGUUUCAUGAACAUAUGACUUUUUUACUUGUUUUAUUGAUUGUUAUAUCUCAUAUUUCUAUGGUUAUCUUGUAAAAAGUUUUCAUCAACUUUAAAAAAGUAUUUAUAAGUGAUUUCUAUGACCCACAAUGGGUGUAUUUAUUUGUAUAAUGUAUAAUGUAUAAAUUACAACUGUUGUUAACCAGGACUUGAAUAUUCUUCAGCUGCUGUCUUUAAAUUACAAAAACCAUCCCAUGUAGAUUUUUAAAUUUUUUAAAAAUAAUUUUUUAUAGAAAGCUAUAUGAACAUACAUGUACGUGCAUGAAGGAGCAUUGAAAGGAACGAUCACGGUUGUAUUGAUUGUGAACAGUUUAAAUGUAACAAGUUUUGUGUAUUAAAGGCACAUUAUUUCCCAAAAAUGAUUUUAUUUUUAAUUUUGCAAAAGCUUUUUAAUUUUGCUGGCAUGUAAUAAAAUUCGCUAAAAGUUACUCAUUUGCCAAUUAUAUGAACCAUCUUUUUUUUGCAAUUAGUAAAUUAAUAUAGUGAUUUAGUAUUUUGUAUGGGUGUACUUGAUUGUUUACAUUUUUGCUCCUUUAAUGACAAAUAAUAUAAUAAUUUAACAUUCAGAGCUACUUUCUUAAGGCGAUAAGCAUCCAAAAUUUUUAAAACCUUUAAACAUUAUAUAAAACUCAAUCAUGUUUACCCUUUCUAAAGAAUCAGAAAAAAUCAUUUCUGAGGCAUAAUGUGCCUUUAAAGUUUUAAUAGCUCUUCAUACAUUUCAUAAUAUAUGUUCAUAUUCAUUAUAAAUCAUGGAGUGUUGAACCAGACCUAUUUUGCUCAAUACAAUCUCAGUCACUGCUUUAAGUAUAUUCAUUUUGUUAUAAUCCUUCAUUGCUGUAUGGAAAUGUAUUCAGGGGAAUAAGGUAUAAUUUAUCUAAGGUAUACUAGUGUUUAAAAUUAUUUUUGUCCAAUACACCAAUAGGCUUGUCAGAUAAAUCAAACACAUUUUUGGUAAAUCAGCUGUCUUAAUCAGUCUAGUAAAUGGACUGUUUAUGAAAAUAUUUUCAAACACUAAAUUAGGUAAGUGUAUAUUAGUAAGCAUUUACCAUAUUAAAUCGGUCUAUUGGCUGUGCGUUUCUUGAUCAAUUUAAUUUUUUAAAUACUUAUGAUUAAAUACUAACCAAUACAUAAUUAUGAAAUAGGUAUCAACAUUGUUAUAAUACUCCUUUGUUUUUUAUUGGACUAUUGUGACAACUUUAUAAUACCAUACACACUUGCUGGGAAUUAAUGAAUUGAUAUUUAUUUCGCUUAAAGAAAGCAACUGUGCAGUACUAGAAAUUUAUUAUAAAGUUUUAUCUUUGAUUAUCCUGCUGCUUUAGAUGCAAGGUUCAUGUGUGUCUAAAAGACAUUAAAAGAAAUAGGGAUCACUGGUGAAGAAUGAUAAUUCAUGGCUUAAAUGUUUUUCAUUCAAGUUUUGGUUAGGGAUUUUUUAUGCUAUAAAAGAGUUGAAAAUUGAUAGCUUAUAAAAGCUAAAGACAUUGCACAGUUUAUUUGGUGGUAGUUCAUUUUAACUUUUUAUUUGUCAGUAUUUUAUACUUUAAAUAUCAAGGUAAAUGUUUGAAGUGAAUUAUCAAAAUAAAUAUUUUCUUUCCAGUAUUCAAGUAUACAUAGUUUUUAAACCUUGUCUAUUUUUUGGUAGUUUUGGAGUUGAUGAAAUGAUGUCAAUAUUAAGAUGACAUUAGAAGAAUAAUGUUAACAAUAUUCAUAACUUGUUGUAAGGAUAAGGCAUGGUUAUGACAUUUCACUGUGCCCUAAAUAAUUAAUUAGCUAUGAUGCCAGCUAGUCCUGGAGCUAAGCUAAAAGGUUAAACUAAAUAAUAUUUUAGACCAUAAGAACCAAAAUCACUUAAUACAACUCCUACAUGUAUUGUUUAUAUAGAAAUCUACGUUAAAGUAAACAAUGAUUUGCUUCUUAAGAUUUAAUAGAAAUUUAAUAUGUAAAUACAGUGAAGAAAAUAAGAAAUAAACAUUGAACUACUAGGGUGUGUAAUAAAAGAAUGGAAUUAUGGGAAAAUUUGAAGUAUAUUGGUUGUUGUUGUACUAUUUUAUCUCGUUAUUUUUUACAAAUAUUUAUUAAAAUUUUAUUAUCUCAUAAUAAA